AUGGACUCUAGUGACUCUCAUUCACCAACAAUACUGUUGGUCGAACCACCUGUAUCAAUCAGUGCCAUCAUGGAGUCCAAUCAAUCAACAACAUCAACAACAUUAUCGUCAAUUGGAGAUGAAGAUAAUUGCAGCAACAGCAAUAGCAACAGCAACAGCAACAGCGAUGUUGGCCAAACAACUCAACUUACUCAACAAAAUGAGAGUCAAGACGAUACUACGAAGCAAUCAAUUGAUGAUGACAAUCAAACAGUGACGGCACAAGAGUCCACUCAAGGAUCAAAGACAGCUGAUGGAGCUUCACCCUCAAUUCAAUCCACUUCAUCAAGUCAGCAACAACAACAACAACAACAACAACAACAACAGACAUCAGUCAAUGCGGAAUACCUAGCAUUUCAAAGAGAUCUGGAGUCUGGUUCACCACAAAAGGCCAUGAAUGGUAUCAUAGCCAUGAUGGAGGAUCUCUCUGCAAAGAGACUGUCCUCUGACAAGGAGUUACUACUGCUCAACUGGUUGCCAAGAUACGCAUUGACAGUGUUCAAUUUCAAAUACCCAACACAAGAGUUGAAACUAGCAAUAUUGGUUUUCAGCCAUCAGUAUAUCAAUACGACCAUCGAUUGUAUAUCAAUGGACAAUGUCGACAUAUGGACUGCAUUGGCGCGUAUAUUCAACUGUUCGCACACCUUCUACACAACUGCCAAGUAUGAUACAUUCCUCCUCGAACCAUCCGAUAACGCCACACCCAAGCAAUCAUUGUUCUUCAAGAGACAGGAAUCAGUUUACUCAAAGUUCUAUUAUAGGAAUCUGAUGUCAUUGGAGGAGAGAGACUUCUUUCAGGUGGUGCUGGAUGGCAUCACUACCAAACUGGUACCAUUGCCAAAGCUGAAACCAAUUGUCAAGGCGAUGUUCCAUCUCAAGGACUCGAUGAACUUACCUUAUCUUCAUCAAUUCGUUCCCAAACUCAAAGACACUGUGCUGGCCAGUCUUGUGGAGAUUGUAUUCGAUGAGUUGAAUGGCAACGACAAGGAGGCCUACAAAGAGAUCUGCAGCACACUCCAAAUCAUCAUGGGCACUGCCAUGCCACAGAACGACAUCGUUCGCACAAUGCACGAGUUUGAGCUGAGCAAUGCACUCUGGUGCUUCCAAAGCACCAACCUCGAGAAGAAGCUGCGAGGCUUGCGAUACAUCAAGCGAUCCACCAAGUAUAGCAUCGUCAAGAAUGAUCAGCAGGUGUCCAAGGGAUUGGCUGGGUUCCUGGGCAAGAAGUCCAAGCUGCCUCGAAAGCCUCAAUCGCCAUUGGAGAACAGUUAUAUCACACAUAGUUUAUCUACAUCACCACCAUCAUCAUCAUCUCCAAUCAACAAGCAUACUAUUGGUGGCGGUAUGCAAAGCACAGGCACUGGAACAUCAUCACAAGGCAAUAUUCACAUUGAUCAACAAUUACUGCUCGGUUGGAUCUUAAAGAAUGAGAUCGUCGAGCACCUCUGUAGCAUAUCUGAUCGACCCGACAUUAUUAGACAUGGCCUACCCGUCAUGAUAUUCCUAUCCCAACAUGGCAAGCUUCAAAUAGCUCAUCUUGAAUCACUCUGGACAUCGUCACUUGGCAAACACGAGUCCGUUCGCAACACAACAUACAACGCACUGCUCGAGUUGAUACAAUAUAUACCACUGGAGCAAGUGAGCCAACUGUACAAAUGCAUAGCAACAACGGUAUCUCUAUUGAAGCCGGUCGAGUUUGACAAUGACCUGCUCCAAUUUGUAUAUAACUUUUCAUUGAUAUCACAGCGCCACCAGGAGGAGCCUGCAGCCAACCAGCAGACACCCAACUACGGAGUCGAUCUAUUCUGGAGGCUGAUGCAGGAUACAGACCAAGCCACUGGCAUCCGCACAACCCAGGCACUGUGUCUGCGCGCCAACAGUCUGAUCGUACUACUCCUUGGCACACCCGAGUAUGCCAGUCUGCGCACAGUGUAUCUAGACCUGGCCAUUGAGAACAUCAAGCAUUUCCAAUCGGUCUUUCAAUCACUGACACUCAUUGUCAACAUUGUCGAGCUGUUUCCCAAGAAACGAUCACUCUUCGAGUCGUUGGAGUCAAAGCAUGGACUCCUCGACCUCUUCUUCAAAGAACUGACGCACUACAAGAGUGUCGUUGGCACAUGCUUGCGCGAUACUGUGAAUCUGGCUGUCGACACCUCAUCCGAUGCGCUCAACCAAUGUGUAUUCUAUGGCAACUUCCCUCAUCUCCAACAGACCCAAGCACGACUCGAGUUCCUCGAGUAUGCACUGCCGCAGUCAUCAUUGAUGCUCACUGUGGCCCAGGCCAACAUUCUUUGGGUAGCACUGGUCAAUGGCGCAGUGACACAGGAAGAGCGUGACAUCUGCUUUGCAUGGUUCAAGAACACACGUCUUCAAGGCAAGGAGCGCAUUGCAUUCCCCGAGCAGGUGGUACACCAUCUGUUCACAGAGAAGAUGUCCCUUCUCGACUGGAGUGGCAUGCCCUUGUCGUCAUACUGUCUGUAUGAGCGAUACUUCUUCUUUGUCAAUGAGAAGAGCAACAAGCUUAGACGUACUCAGACAUCACAGUUCAUUGGAGGCGAUCUGUUUGUUCAAUGGACGAGCACACCGACCAAGGUCACCAAGCCAACAUCUAGCUCAAUCCUUGCGCCCAAUGUACCAGCAGCAUCGUUCCUUGAUCCGGCACAACAGGCUGACUACACACCCAGCGACUAUUCGAUGGUCAGCCUCGACCUGCUCGGCAUUGUACAGCUCUGGAACGUUGCAUUGGACUCAACAAACAUUGACGUCAGCGAUCGUGCCAUCGACACUCUGCGCACGCUUUACCAAAGUGGAGACAAAUCGAGCAAGUUCAAGGAGGAGUAUAUCAAGGUUUGCAUGGUAUACAUUGAGAAGGCUCAACAGGUGUCAAAGUCCAGGACGUCAUCGAUCAAUCGAAUCUGCAGGGCAUUGCUCAUGAUCAAGUCGUUUACCAACAGUGAGAUCAUGAGGCUGAGUGAGAUGUCCAGACAACAGGCCAGUCUUACAAGCAACUCCGCUCCAGCAUCAUCAAAGGACAAGCAAAUAUUUAUCAUGGUCAGACUGGAUCGCGGAGACAGCCACUCUGUCAAUGACCUCACAGGAACAGACACUCUACGCAUGCUCAAAAGGAGAGUGGCCUUGCUUUAUGGCAAUCCCAGACCAUCAGUACGAUCGCUCAGGGCAUUCCACGCAGACAAGGAGCUAAAGGACGAUGACAGCAGUCUCGACACAUUCAAGAUCAUCGACUCUGGUGGUGGCCAGUUCUGUCCCGUCAUCUUUAGGAUCGGCGACAAUCGGCCAAAGGAGAAGGAGAGGAAGUCCGCCCUAAAGACUGAGGAGGACUUUAUGGCGUUGGAAGAGGGCGAGUAUGUGGACCUACUCGAUGACACACCAGUGGCCACCGUCGUGUUGGAGACUUUACAGUUCCAGCUCGGUGGAGUGGGUCUGCUUGGUGACCUCCAGCUGAGGAAACCACAGCAAUCUCAACAACAGGAUGCUUUGAGCAAGUCCAAGCUAUCAGGAGUACUGGUAGGCAAGUCUAGAACAGAGAGCAACAACACAAUGGCAAUACUCAUAUCCAAGCCAGUGUACUUUGAGCAAAUAUUCAACCUACUCGACUUUGACAACGAGAUUGCAGAGAACGCUUGGAACGUUCUUUGUGAUCUUCCAAUCUAUGCCAAAGUUCUCAAUGAGCUCAAGAACUUUAAAGAAUCAUUGAUACCGACCAACUCGAUAUUCAAGACUAUUUAUUAUCUCAAGGUACUGGAUACAUUGUUUGAAGGUACAACCGAUUGUACAUUUAAUGGCAACAGUGUGGACAGUGGCGUUGGUUCAUUGGUUAAGUCCAAUGGUCAUCGCUCACUCAUUCAAAACCACUUGUUCCCUCUGGAGGAGAUGAAACAUCGCUUCGUCCAGAGGGGUGCAGUCAUCUGCCUACACCAAAUACUCAAAGAUGUUCCACUACACCGAGGCCUAUCCAGCAAGGGAUCACUCAAGUUGCUCUCACUCCUUCUCAAGAACAUCUAUACUUUGGCAAUCAUUCAAUCUAGUGAUAACAGGUCACCAACUGUCAGCAGAGUGUUUAGACGUGAAGCCAAGGAGGUACUAGAGUCACCAAUGUUCAUCCAACGAUUGUUCUCAAUGUUGAUCACUUCAGUGAAUGACUAUCAGAAGCAUAUGGCCAAUGAGUAUGCUUCUCAUGACUUCAACUCAUUGUAUCACUAUGGCAUGAGUAUAUUGAAUAUGGCACUGAUCAACAACAGACCGUUGCAGUUUGAUAUGAAUCCAUCCAAUCAACGCAAGGAAUGGACGUCAUGGCUCCAAGCAUUGAUACUGGACUGCCAGCAUCUUCAUAUCCAGACCAAAGCAUCACAGCUUAUUAUUGACCUUGUCUCACAUGAUGCCACCGAGGAUGACAGGGCUGAGCGAGCAUUGUUCUUCCUCUUACGUCUACUCUCAUUCUUGCCAUCGAUCCAUCAGUACCAUCACACUGCAGAGCCAUUCUUUAGUCUGUUGUCUCAACUACUCAACAUUGGUUAUCCUGCACAGUCAUCGCAAUCUCGUCCAUCAAAGAACCAAUCAAAGGAGUCAAGCAAUCUUCAAUUCCUCAAAUCAUUGUUGCAUGAUCUUCUCAACCAGCUGUUCCAAAUGCCCAUUCGAGAGACUGCUGGUUCGCCAAACAAGGAUCACAUUCUAGUUGGAACACUUAAUGUCAUUAGGAAUCUUGUGCGAAGGAGGCCUUCCCUCAAGUCUCAAUGUAAUGAGGAACUUCUACUGGCCUACCUCUUUGAGAGCUGUCUAUUCAAGACACCAUCAGUACAAUCGACUCAGGGCAACAUCAUUAGCAGUAACAACAUUGUAGACAACAACAAUGUGACCAAUGUCCAACCACCAUUGUGCAAGACCAAGGAAUCGCGUCUGGCAUGCUAUCGACUCAUCAGAGAGUUGGCCGUCUAUGAUCAUGCAAGCUAUUUAUUGGUGGAUUCACUGAUCAUCUCUGAACUGGAUCGCAUGACACCCACGAACGACUGGUGCUACAAUCCUGCAGAUCGCGAGAAGUCCAAUCUCAACUAUGUUGGUCUCAAGAACCAGGGUACGACCUGCUACAUGAACUCUGUUCUCCAACAAAUAUUUCAUUCCACAGGUCUCAGACAGAGUCUUCUUUCCAUCGACAUUCCAGAGCCAAAACCAUCUGAACCAGCACCAGUCCCUGAGUCCCAACAACAGCCCACAGAACAACAACAACCACUACAGCCACAACCAAACCCACCGAAGCCCAACGUUCUACAUCAAACACAACAAUUGUUUAUAUACCUCCAGGAGAGCGCCAAGCGCUACUAUGAUGGCAUCAACUUUUGCAAGUCACUGACCAACUAUGACGGCACACCAAUCAACCUGGGCGUUCAAAUGGAUGCCUACGAAUUCUUCCAUCUAUUCUUGGAUCAGAUGGAGCAGUCGCUCAAGACACAGACACCAGAUCACAAGUAUAUACUCAAGGAGUCCUUUGGCGGCCUGUUCACCAAUCAGUUCAUGCCUCGUAGUUGUUCGCAUCGAUCACAUCGCGAAGAGCCAUUCUACUGCAUCUCACUCGAGGUCAAGAACAAGAAGUCAGUGCUUGACUCAUUAGAGCUGUUCAUUCAAGAGGAGUCUGUCAAGGACUACAAGUGCGAGUCAUGUAAUCAACAUGUCGAGAUCAGCAGGAGAUGUCUCAUCGAGGAGUUGCCCAACACACUGAUACUCCAUCUGAAGCGAUUCGAGUUUGAUUUGGAGAACAUGAGGAACAUCAAGUUGAAUGACUAUUGCGAGUUCCCACAACAAAUCGAUAUGGCACCAUUCACAAGGGAUUGUGUGGAUGCUAAGGAGCUUGGCAUCAAGUUGCAAGGUCCCCAGGACGACUACCUCUAUGAGUUGAAUGGUAUAGUGCUGCACAUGGGCACAGCCGACUCUGGCCACUACAUCACAUUGGUCAAGGACGAUCAGAACAACUGGUUCGAAUUGAACGACACUUAUGUGCAGCCAUAUGACAUGCGUAGAUUGAACCAAGACUGCUUUGGUGGCUUUGACGAGGUCCGCGAGUUUGACAAGGCUCAGAAUAGGUUUGUUGGUGUGCGUCGUGCCAAGUCUGGAAACGCCUACAUGCUCUUUUACAAGCGACUACAGAGCUCCAAGUCCAAUGGUGGCAGUCCUCCCACGUCCACAGAACACCCUCCUCCAAUUAUCAAGGAUCUAAGAAAGGAGAUUGCGAGCAGUGUGUUGGAGACUGUCUUGAAGGAGAACAGAUCGUUCAUCUUGGAGAAGUAUCUCUUUGACCCUGACUUUGGAGGCUUCGUUUGGGAUUUGGUCAAUCUCAAAGCAAGUCCAUCAUUCGAGCCUUUGAAGCCUACUCUAUUGUCCAAUACCAUCCACUCUACCGAGUCCGAGUUGUCCAUCCUGUCCAGCAUCAAGUUGACAACACGAUAUCUCUGUGACAUAUAUUCACAUUCCAAGGACAAGGACUUGAUGGAUGUUUGGGCCUAUCAUCUCAAGCGACUGAUGAGAGAGAGUAUCAAAGGCACUGAUUGGUUCAUCCAGCAUCUGGCCAACGAUGCCAAUUGUCUAAAGAGUGUUCUGUUAGGCUGUCACUUUGAGAGGACCAGACAGGCAUUCUCUGACAUCAUAUCAUUUGCCAUUGAGCUCAGAGAGUCUGAGAACGAUCAUAGCACACCAACAUCCUCAAUCGUUGACCUACUCAAUGCAUUGGUCAAGUUGUCCAAGCUGACAAUGGACUAUCCCAAGCGUGUAGUCAGUCAGUUGUUCUCCAUGCUGCUUAGAAUAGUCACUUCAAACGACAAGGUGAGGGAAUACCUGUUACAAAGAGGUAUCAUAUCCAAAUCGAUUAGGAACUAUAUCGAGUAUACAAGGGGCUCAUCAGUCUUUGGCGCUCCUCGUACUGCAACUCCGCUCAACAGUAACAACAGCAACAGCAACAACAAGGGUUCACCAGCAGCGAUGAACUCAACAUCUUCAUCAAUACUCAACAGUAUCAACAACAGUUCACAAGACUACAAUACGUCCAUGGUGGAGUUCAUUUGCUUCAUGAUCAGAUGUUGUCAGCCAGCUCAACAACACAGCAUCACACCGACUCAAUUGACCAACUACCCGAUCAUCGAGAAGGAUACUGUCAAGCCAACACUUCACGUCAUUAGCGAUCCACAAUGUGAACGGUCCACCUCCCCAUGUUUCCCGACGACCAGCAGGACGACUACAUUCACGAUGACCGACAGCACUAUGAUGGCAGUAUUAUCAAGGAGUUUCAUUGUGGCACUGACACGUGAGAGUGGAAGUAGUGAUAUCAUCAAGCAGAUGUUGAUACAUCUAUGCUGGAACAACACAACGAUCACUAUGCAUCUGUCCAGCACACUGAAGGACAUAAUGAUCAAGUUGUCUGCCAAUGGAUGUCUGCAGCAGGUGUAUCCAGCAUUGACUGCCAUGCUCGAGAUGAAUGAUGGCUUGGCCAUUUGGAGGAUCGAUACAAUGAUGUCAUCACUACUCAAGAGUGUUGAGAACAGUAGUCAUGAUAGCUAUGACAAUGUUGUAUCACGUUAUAUAGUAUCAAUAUGUUAUGCACCAACUAGUAGUAGUAGCAGUAGCAGUAGCAGUAGUAGACAACCAAUCACAUCGGAGCACUUUUUGGAUUGGAAAUCAAAGCACAAGGAUACUAUACAGAAGAUAUUCAAGGAUACCUAUAGAUAG